AUGCCCCCGACGGGCGGUGUUGUCGAUUCAACUAUUGUUUCGAUGAGACCCAUAGAUGUAAUUCCAACAUCGAGACAACCUUCAGCGGGAGCGGGAACAACAACAACAACGACAAAUGUGCCAGAUGAUCGUGAAAUUUUCAAAGCAUUGCAUGACUGUAUGAAAGACGUAGGCAAAUUUCGACAAUAUGUUUAUUAUAUCGGUACAUCAUGUGAUACAACGAAAUUACGAAAUAAGAUACAAAAACUGAAAGAACGACUGAAUCGAAGCUUUUUUUAUCAACGAGAACUAAUAGGAAAAGCCGCAUCGGCCACGGCUUCAAUUAAAAGUGAUCUAGCUAUGGCCAACUUUGAAAAAUGUUUGUGUUUCACUUUGGCAUCACUGAGCUAUUAUGAAGAUUUGCUUCAUAAAUUUUCGAUACUUCUGUUCUAUUUUCCAUUAGCUGGCGGAGAUCGCACCAAUGUUGUUAAUUUGGGUUUUGAAGACUCGACAAUCAAUGCUGAUGAAGCCUCAUAUGAAAAUCACGAAGCUGAAGAGAAUGAAACAAAUCGAUACAUUGAAUUAUUAAGUCAAAUUCAACAUGUACAAUCACUUCGCGAAGAAAUCGAACAAAUCGAUGUUUAUCAAUUACGAACACAUGCGACAUCUUAUUCAAAAGAAUUUGUUGAAAAUAUGCACAAAUAUACAUCUGAGAUAACUAUGGAUAAUCUUCAACGACAAGAAAGAAAUCGUUAUACACUUCGGCGGUAUUUUAACGAAGAGCCAUCGGGAGCCGCCGGAAGAUGUUAUCAACGAUGUAAUCGACGAAAGUUUCUUUGUACACUAACAAUUGUCUUGUUAGUCUUGGUGAUUGUAGCUGUUAUUGUGACGGUGAUUGUCGCUACAAACAAAGCCUCUUCUGGUGAUUUGAUCAUGAUAACAUCAUCAUCAUCAUCGUCAACAGGAACACCGAUGAUUAUUCCAAAUCCCUCCAUGAGUAAUAUAUUGGGCAAGAAUUAUGAUGAAUCGGUUGUAUUAGCAUCGAAAUAUAAUCAAUCAUUACUUGUCGAUCGACGACGUCGUAUGCCCUAUGUCAUAGAUAGCCAAACAGGUAUACGUCAAAUGAAUUCGAUGUUGUUCCGUAAAACAUCUGAUCGAUUACAUGUGACACGCUCCGAUCAAGUUUGUGCCUAUCCUCGACGAUACUAUCGUCGGCAACAGAAAUACAAUCCGUAUUUAUUCUUGUCAUCAUCGUCUCUGAUGCGAAAUGCAACGAAAACUGAGACAAGUGAAUCAGUGAAAGUAUCCGAACAGCAGUCGAUAGAAAAUAAUCAUAAUGAGAUCAAAACUGAGCCGCUAAUAAAUAUGCAUGAUGAACAAAUUCUGCUCCCAACUGAUACCAUUUCGAUGAAUAAGAUGAUUAAUCGGCGAACGAUAGUGCAUUUUGAUUGUCCAACUUGCAAUCAGAAAUUUAAAACGAAAAACCAAUUAAACAUACAUUCGAACAUCUGCCGAAGCGAGCUGAAGAACAGUGAGCGAAUCAAUCGUCGACCUUUGGGAAAAAGCGACUCUUUAUUGAUUUCGUUAUUGAAACAAGAAGCAAUAGCCGACUCCGCAUCGAACCAAAUGUUGACAUCCACAAUAGCCCAACCGAUUGUUGCCAUUCAACGUGAUAAAUUUCUUGACGAUGCUUUAUUAACCGACGCCAAUAAGUUUCAACUUAAAUUGGACACCGAUUUCAUUCUAAAGAAACCAAAGCCGAGCAAAAAGACAAGCAAUAAAACUCAAUCGAGUCACUCUCAGGUGAAAAUUUGCACAAUGUGCGGUGAGGGUGAUUUGAUUAACGACGAACUAAUCCGUUGUUCGACAUGUGAAAAGAACAUGCAUGUAUAUAAAUGUCUCAAUUUCGAAACGAAUACAAUCGUUCAAACAAUUAAAACUUAUUCAUGGCAAUGCGUCGAUUGUAAGAAAUGUAUUCAAUGCGAUAGAGUGGAGCAUGAUGAUGAACUACUCUUUUGUGAUCGUUGUGAUCGAGCUUAUCAUAUGGAUUGUUUGAAUCCUCCACUAAGUGAACCUCCACCUGGUGAAUGGUUUUGUCAAUUGUGUAUAAAGAUUGAACAAUCAUUUCUAAAUAUGAUUGAACGAUGUUUGUAUGUCUUUCCACUAUCGGUAUGCAUUCUUGUUCCACUGGCGUACUUUCUUUCUUUUCUCGUUGCUGUUCAAUUAGGUCACUCGAAAUUUGAAUUUCCAUUUCUAAGUCGAUCAUCAACUGAUUCACCGGAGUCGUGCAUUUACUCUCAAAUAAUCAAUUUCGCUUCGUUCGUUUUGAUCAUCACGAUUUACAUUCGUUAUCGGCAAAUUGCUGAGCUUAUCCGAAAUAAUCCGACAUGUGGAAUGAGUAUGAGUAUUAUUUCAAAUUUCCCACAUGCUAAUGUAUUUCCUGUUCGACUAUUUGCAACGUAUUUAACAUUUGUUGCCACUGUUGGGACACUCUUUUGUGAAAUGCUUUUAUCAUUAUGGAUUCAACCAUUGUUAUAUUCAAGUCGAAUAAUACCAAUUAUUCGAGCCAUACUUACAGUAAUCGCAAGUGCCGCGCUUGUUGCAUUUGUUAUUUGUCAAACAAUUACAGUUGUGAAGUUCGAUAACGAGCAGAAAUUGUGGACGGCAACCAGUCCAGGCUGGACAUAUCAUUUAAGCACGAUUAUCUCAGCAUGGGUUCUGACAAGUUCUGCGCUUGUUUAUAUAUGCACAUUAAUAAUUGAUUUUCAUCAGAUUAAAAUCAUCUCACCGAAAAUUUUUCUUACAAAUGACAUUAUUGAUGAUCAAGAUUAA